AUGGGCCAAGCCGCUUCCUACGCUGAGUCUUCGGUGCAGCGAGCCUUACUGAGACUGAAGGAGGAGGAGCAGGCAGACGAGGACGAGCUUCUCUGCGCGUGUGGCUAUAGUCGUGCGUCACUUUCGUCCUGCACAAAUGGCUCAGCCGCAACCGCCGCACAGUCACGGUGUGGCGCAGAGUCGGCUGGCUCAUCUUUGCCAGUAACUCGCUCCCCAGAUGUGCACCUUCCGCCACCGCCCGAGUCCUUCGGGCCGCUGGUAUCGCUGACCCCGGAGUACUACACGCUUGAUGAGCUGCGUGACGUGCUGCGAUACCUGCCAGAUCCGCUGUGGGUGAGCCUCUACCGCGUCUCGCUGCUGUACAUGCUGGACAACGACCACGAUGGCCGCAUUAACUCCACCGAUAUAAGUUUCUUCAUGGACUGGGGUAUCAAGACGGUUGGUCGGGAUGUCCUGCCAGAUCAGCUCGCAGAGGUAUUGCAAACCUAUGCGGCGCUUCACUGCUGGCAUCGCUGCCUUCACGUCGCUGAAUGCAUUGAGUCUGAGAGAGCCGCAACCGCAGCCACAGCGCAGCCGCGUCCUGGCCAUAGGCGCAGCGCAGGCGCUGGCAGCUCUAUGCGCACACACCGACGGCCUAUUUCAUCGUCAAGCGCCGUCGGCGGCGAUCCCUUGUCGCUGCACCAGCGUGCUCAGAGGCGCCCGAACCAGAGCGUGUCAUCCUUCAUGCUUUUACACUUCCGUGAGGCAUUUCUGAAUACGCCGGCGGGGGGCCCCGCACCUCUUCCGGGAGCGAUCGGCAUCGCAGCCAUGAACGCUGAUGUGGAUAAUAUGUCACCGUCGCAGAGCUCCGCGCUGUUUGAGUCGCCUCGGUCGGCUAUCAGCCACCCCGUCACAGACAGCGUUCGCUAUGCCGCGGCGACACACUUUGCGGAGUGGAUGCUGCGGGUCGUGCAGAACCAGGAGCGGGACCGUCGGCACGAGCGGCAGUUCUUCGAGCGUCGCGUGCGUUGCAUGGCGACCACUGCUGAGGUGAAGCUCGGCAACACCACACGCCUGCGCCAUCCAUCGUACGUAGCCCAACAGUCACUUCGGAUACGCUUGUCGACUACGUUUCUCCCCGCCGAGGCCGCUAGCGCCGACGUACCGGGCGAAGGCGACGACUUAGUUGUGUCCGUCUCGCAGAGCAGCAUAUCAGAGCGUCAGACAUCGAUGAUCUCAGGCAUCCUGAACGGAAGCGCAGCUGUGGUGGCAGCGUCAUCGGAUGCGGAUAAGGCGACUCCAGAGCUGGGGGUGGUGCCCCUGACGUCGGCACCGCAGCUGCCCACCUCACUUUCCUUUGAGGGCCCCACGGCGGCAUCGGCGACACGACUGCCUCAUUCCCACGGCACCCCCGCGGCGUUGAAGGCCUUCGUAAAGACGCUGCCGCAUACGUCGUCACACUCUCGCAGCGCGAUGCCGCUUAGCGUUCCGGUCGCGCUAGGUGGUGGUGGUAGUGGCUCUCCGGAAGGCACGCGGUCACCGCGGUCACCACCGCCAACGACGGAUGCCGGAAUUCUCCCCCCAAUAGGCAGUGGUUCUCCCGAUCGCCACAGAGGGACCGCUGCUGGUGGUCCGCUCCCCACAGGCACCUCGCCGGUUCAUCAACCUUCGCGGCCGCGCCAGUCAGCGGUGGCACCCACAACGCAGUCGAUGCCUUCCGGCGGACCUCCGUCCUCUGGCCACUUGGACGCGGCCGUGGACUUGCCUGCUGGUGCGAGUGCAAGCGCGAACGGGAUUGGCAUCUCUGGCAAGGGGGAAAUGAAAGAUGGCAGCUUCAGUAAUGACAACGCGUGUAGCAGCUUCUCGUCAGUAGCCUCAGCAGCUGCUGCUGCUGGCGCUGCUGCUGCUGCGACUACAACUCCGAACAGUGGCUCUGCAGCGGCUCUACUGGAGCAUCAGGUAAGUGUGCUGCUGAUGGAUGCGGAGGCGUUCUACGUGCAGCUGGAGGCCACUGGGUGGUGCACUAUCGGAGCGGUGGAGGAGGUGUACCUGGACUUUGCAGUGGAAGAGUCGUACUGCAUGCCCUUCUGGUCCUUUUGCCGGCUGCUCAACCAGGCGUCUGCCGACGAAGUACAGGCCGCGCUGGAGCUGCCGACGGACCAGGCAGUGGCGGUACUGACGAGCGCGGCGGCAGUGGAGGAGUAUAGGCAAGCGGCGGCGGUUCGGCAGCUGCAACGGCACGUUCCAGGGCAGCGCGAUGGCGGGAGCGGCAACAACAACCGCUAUUGUGGAAGUGUCCAUGGUAGUGGUUGGGCAUCUCAUCUGCAGUUGAUUCCCAUGUUCGUCGUCUCCGAGUACACGUUCGUGGUGUUUGUUGCGGCGUUCAUACACGCCUACUGGGCAAUGCUGGAGAGCAUGGGGGUCGACCCAUGA